AUGCCGACGAAGAUCUUCAGCGACAACGCCACCAAUAUCGUCGGCGCCGAUCGCAAGCUGCGCGAGCUGAAGGAGGCGUUUCUAGCAAUGGGUCCAGCAUUGAAGAGAUUCGCAGCAGACGAAGGGUGCAGCUUCACCUUUAUACCACCAAGGGCGCCGCACUUCGGCGGAUUAUGGAAAGCCGCGGUGAAGUCCGCUAAACACCAUAUUGUUCGCGUAAUUGGCAACACGCCACUCACAGCAGAGGAGCUAGCAACACUGUUGGCCGAAGUGGAGGCCAUUCUCAACUCACGUACCCUAGUACCCCUGAGUCAAGACCCCAACGACGGCAAGGCGUUAACACCGGCGCAUCGACAUUUCUAUAUCUAA